CUUCCAGGACCAACCAUGGAGCUCCUCGAGAUCGGCAGUGGACUGUUCAGAUUUUCAGCGUUUUCCGCGGCCGUAGAGAGAAUCGCCUCGCUUCUACCACCUGAGGUUCAUCUAACCAAGAUAAUAAAAAAUUGCGAAUGCAAUUGCGGGCGAGAAUUAGUACUCGCGAAUUUAGCCAUUCAGCUCGCCUUCAUCGAGCUGUUCAAGGAGCUGAAUUUAUCGUUAGACUACACGGCGGGGAUGUCCAUUGGGGAGUUAUCCGCCGGUUAUGCAAACGGGCGGAUCAAUCUCGAACAGGCAAUCGCGGUCGGGUACGAAAUUUCUCGACUGGUGGGCGAUGAUCUGCGUCUCGAGUACGCUUUAAGUACCAAAAGCUCGCUGCUGUUGAGCCGGCUACAAAAAGUGAUACCCAGUCCGGAAGUGAUGCUUCACAGUCUACUAAAUCCGAAACCUUUGGAAGCGCGCGAGUGGCAGCAGAGCCAUUAUCCCGAACUGGCAGUGGUCGUGCUCGGUUCCGAUCGGAUUCGGCUGAACGGUUUCGCUUCCUUGCACAUUUCCGGCUCGGAUGCCGUGACCUCAUUUCUGGAUGUGGUGGGAGGUCUUUACAAGCUCGGGCACAAUCUCAACGUGGAAGCUCUGUACCCGCCAGUCAAGUGGCCGGUUGGUCGUGGAACGCCCAUGAUCUCGCCGCUCAUUAAAUGGAACUACGACUUAGAUUGGUUUACAAAACUUCACACGAAGACAGUCUUGCACACGGGCGCCCAAGUUAUUCCUUUGGUCAACAAGACGAUUGACUGGUCCAUCUUACCAGGCCACGUCAUUGAUGGUAUGACGAUAAUGCCCGCAACCGGGUACCUCUUCAUGGUCUGGGAGACGUACUGUAAAAUUGUGGACGUUCCAAUAGCCGGUUCUCGGGUGCGCUUCGACAACGUGCGAUUCCACAAAGCUGUCCACAUUUCCAAAAUAUCGGAGAUGGAAUUCAAGAUCACCAUCGGACGAGGAACGAACAGAUUUGAGAUCGGAGACGUCGACGAAGUGAUCGUUUCCGGAAGCAUACGCACUCUCUCAGAAACGGAUGAAUUCAUUGAUCUUGCCUUGUCACCGGAAGAUGACGAAGGAAUCUCUUUCGCGUCCAAAGAUAUUUACAAAGAGUUACGUCUGCGGGGUUACAACUACUCGGGAGCGUUUCGCUCGCAGGAAAAAGCCCAUAUAUCCGGAUUGAUAAGCUGGAUUAAAUGGGAACGUAACUGGAUCGCAUUCAUCGAUAACAUGCUGCAGACGAAGCUUCUCGGGGAAGAUACGCGAAGUCUGUACGUCCCCACGUUCAUUGGACAGUUGAAGAUUGACGCCAUGAAGCACUUCGAGUACGUCAAGGAAUUGGACAACCCAUCUCUACUGCCUGUUUACAACCAUCGCGAGGCUGAUGCCAUCAGCUGUGGAGGUAUCGAGCUGCGGAAGCUUUACGCAACGUCAAUUCUGCGCCGUAAGGUGACCGCCGAGCCGGUCCUGGAGACGCACAAGUUCGUACCGUUUAACACCGAGCUGCCCAUGCAAUCUGCGGUGCGCGUCCUGGUGCAGAUCUUCCUGGAGAACUCACUCUCGCUGAAGGUUAAAAUCGUGGAGGUCGCGCAAACUGACGCAAUUGCUCCAAUUCUGCAAGAGGCUUUGAAUGAUCAGCCGCUGGUAAAAACUGAAGUUAUAAUUUUGGGCGACGAAAACUUGAGUGUUCCAAACAUGAAGGUCCACAACAAGGCGUUGUCCACCGAGAAACAGUGCGCGAUAGUCAUUGCAGAGGAGGCAUCGGGUAACCUUGAACUACUCAAGGAGGCUGAAGGCGUUCUCAAGGAGAACGGCAUUAUUAUCUCCAGGGAAAGAGGUGAGUUCACUGCAAAUUUCCCUGGCCUCGCGCUUCUGGCGCAAGUUAAAACUGAAACGGAUACGCUGGUGUUGCUGAGGAAGGUUGUGAGCUACCCCAAAGAGCAUGUGAUCAUGGCCAAGUUUGAUGGUACAACUUACGACUGGUUGCCCAAUCUUCAGAGUGCCAUGCGAAAUGAAACCAAAACUUUGGUGGUUGUUGAAAAUCAGCCCCUAAGCGGCGUGCUCGGCUUUGUCAAUUGUCUAAGACGCGAACCUGGGGGAACGAACGUGAAAUGCGUCUUUGUUCAGAAUGGAAACAUUAAAUUUAACCUCUCCGAUCCACUCUUCCGCGAACAGUUGGACAAAGACCUAGCUAUUAACGUGUUGAACCAAGACGUUUGGGGUAGCUAUCGCCAUCUGCCGCUGGAGCGCGUGACGGAGGUUGAAACCCAGCACGUCUUCUGCAACCAGAACGUCGUUGGAAACUUGUCGACGCUCAGUUGGGUCGAAGGGCUACCCUCCAAGGAUCCCGAACGAUCAAUCAAGGUAUACGCCAGUUCCAUCAACUUCAUGAAUAUUAUGUUGGCUUCCGGUCGUGUUCCUUCGGAGGCGUACACAAAGGAUCGACUUAUUUCAACUUCAGCGCAAGGUAUUGAGUACGCUGGGAUUGAUGCGAGGGGCGAGAGGGUAAUGGGAAUUCAGUAUGGGGCAAUGGCCAGUUACGUUGUCCCCGAUGGUGAAAUAAUGUGGAGGAUACCGUGUGAGUGGACUAUGGACCAAGGCGUCAGUAUUCCGAUUACCUACUCGACGGUGCUGUGCAGUUUCUUCGUGAGCGCCCAUCUCAAACCGGGACAAAGUCUUCUGAUUCACUCCGGUGCUGGGGGCGUAGGGCAGGCCGCCAUCUACAUAGCCUUGUUCUACAAGUGCCAAAUAUUUACGACGGUUGGUACCGAGGAGAAGAGGAAAUUCAUCAUGGAAACAUUCCCAGAGAUACCAGCUAACCACAUUGGCAACUCUCGCGACACCUCUUUCGUCCAGAUGGUUUUAAAGCACACGAGAGGAAGGGGAGUUGACUUGGUUUUAAAUUCCUUAGCCGAGGAAAAGCUCAAAGCGUCACUUCAGUGCCUUGCGCCGAAAGGAUACUUCGUCGAGAUAGGCAAAUACGACUUGGUCAACAGUAACACACUUGCACUAUCUGUACUAAGCGAAGGACGUAGGUAUGCCGGAUGCAUGUUGGAUAUGUACCUCGGGGACUGCCACAAUCAAAAGCACAAACUGCAACAAAUUCUGAGUAAAUUCCUGAAACAAGGAGCGGUUAAGCCUUUGUUCCUUGCCACCUUCAACAUGGACCAAGCGGAAGAAGCUUACCGUUUCAUGGCGGCAGGCAAACACGUAGGAAAGGUCGUCAUCAAAGUACGCGAUGAAAACCAACAAUCGCCCAAACUAUUCAAGGCUCUCCCAAGAUUCUCCUGCGAUCCUUGCAUGACGUAUAUCAUUUUAGGAGGCUUGGGAGGCUUUGGAUUGGAACUGGUUGAUUGGUUGAUACUAAGAGGGGCCCGCAAGUUGGUUUUGGUCUCUCGAAAUGGUGUCCGAAAUGGCUACGCUGCGUCCAGGCUUAGAACUUGGAAAACUUACGAGGCCACCAUAAGGGUGGCCACAGAUGACGUCACCACCGAAGAAGGUUGCGCGCGGCUGUUGGAGAGCUCGGAGAAGCUUGCGCCCGUAGCCGCGAUCUUCAAUUUGGCGGUGGUUCUUCGGGACGACCUCUUCGAGAACCAGACGGAAGAGAACUUCGUGAAUGCACUCUCGCCGAAGGCCCGGGCGACGCAGCACCUAGAUAUCCUAAGUCGGCAGCUCUGCCCCCGCCUACAGCACUUCGUUGUGUUCUCGUCGGUGUCGUGCGGAAGAGGAAAUGCAGGUCAAACCACUUACGGCAUGGCCAACUCCAUCAUGGAAAGGAUAUGCGAGAAAAGGAAACGGGAGGGCUACCCAGGUUUGGCAAUACAGUGGGGGGCAAUCGGAGAGGUCGGCCUGGUUGCGGAAAUGCAGGAGCAGCACAAAGAGAUUGUUAUCAGUGGCACAUUGCAACAGCGUGUCGCAUCCUGUCUGAGCACCUUGGAAACUUUCCUCCUGCAAAACGAGCCCAUCGUAGCAAGUAUGGUAGUGGCGGAAAAAAAGAGCGUCGCCGAAGGUGCCGAAAGCGUCAUCAGCGCUAUCAAAGGCAUCAUGGGAAUAACCGAUAUGACGACGAUCAGCGAGCACGCCACCUUAUCCGAAAUGGGUAUGGACUCCAUGACCGCGGUUGAAAUAAAGCAGACCCUCGAACGCGACUGUGAAGUCUUCCUAAGCCCGAAAGAAAUCCGAACCCUCACCUUCGCCAAACUAAAGGAGAAGUUAUCCAAAGAAGCAUCCGAUCCGGUAGCUCCACGCCUCCAGCCCCGCAGUAACGUCUUCUUCGUCCACUUCCGCACAGAGGAAGAUUCAAAAAUGCCAUUAAGGCAACUGGAAAGCUUAGUUAAGAAAGAGGAUCAGGCGCCAUUGGCCAUCUUUCUGCCGGGAAUUGAAGGAGUAGGUGAAACCAUGGAGUUCUUGGCUAAAAAACUGAACUCGCAUGUGGAGUGCGUUCAAUAUGCAACCAACGUCAGCGACUUCCGCUUUGAUGCUCUCGCUAAAUCACUACAGAAGCUAAUACCCCACGUCGAAAAUCACUUCAACCUCGUAGCAUAUUCGUAUGGUUGUGUGGUCGCGUUAGAGCUCGCUUCCAUCUUAGAAGUCCGUGGAUUGAUCGGAAAAGUGGUUUUAAUCGACGGCGCGCCGGAGAUGUUAAAGAAACUCAUAAAGCUGCAGUACGCACCGGAACACGAGCCUGAGGCCUUCUUGGAGACCGCCAUACUGUUUAACCUGAUCACCUCAUACGCGCCCAUGAAGGCAACAGUAGAGCUCCGGGAAACCGUCCGCCAGUUGCGCACAUUGGAAGAACGCGUCGAGUACCUACUGGAAGCGAUACCCGAAGGAAUUCCGCAUUCGAAAGAGUACCAAAGGCAGGUGGGCAUCGCCGUCUGCAGGAAAACGGAAGCUCUCUACAAUUACGAGGCGAAGUUUCCAAAGCUGAAGUCGGACGUGACGCUAAUCAAGCCGAACGAAUCGCCCUUCGUUAACUACGACGAGGACUACGGACUGCAGAAGUUGUGCGAGAAACCUGUUCGAGUUCAUACGGUCGAAGGGAACCACACAACCAUCGUGCAGAAUCCCGAGCUUGCCGACUAUAUCAAUAAAAUAAUCAUCAAUAAAGAGUAA